CCUGCAGUGCAUCCACUACUCUCCCCAACUUGGUGUCAUCCGUGAGCUUGCUGAGGGCGCGCCGCAUCCCAUCUUCCAGGUGCGGGAACCCCCCCUUGUGAGAUGUGCUCCCCCCGUGCCGCCUGCACGCCCCGCACGCUCCAUGGGUAGUGCCGGCCUGGCCGCUGCCCUGCGCCGCCAUGGAUAGCCCGCCCAAGCUGACCGGCGAGACGCUCAUUGUCCAUCACAUCCCCCUGGUGCAUUGCCAGGUCCCCGACCGGCAGUGCUGCAGCGGGGGCAAGCGGACCAACCCCUUCUGCCCGCCGGAGCUGGGCAUCACGCGGGCCACGGCCUUGUCGGACCGUGACCUCUCUCAGGCCGACUCCCUGGUUUACAGCAGCCUGCUCCAGGCCGCGGAGGUGCCGGCCGAGGCCGCCGAGAGACAGGAGGGCAAAGCCAGGGACCUCGCUGCCCCAAAGCGGCACAACCCUUUCCUCCUGUGCGACGGCGACGACCGCGGCCUCUUUGGUGAUGACGGGGGCCAGAAAUCCUUCCACUUGCACAGCUCCCUGGUGACCGGCAAGCCGCCCUUCCACCUGCACGACACCGGGCCCAUCGUGAAGCCGUGGCAAGCGGCCAGCCGCGCCGGUGUGGUGGAUGGGCAGGAGGACAGGCUGGCGGGUGACACCGCCCCAAAGAGGCACAACGCCAACCGGUGUCGCAUGGCUGCCGAGCGCAUGGAGCUGGACGAGUGCCCCUGCCUGCGCGGGGGCCCCGCCGGCUUCUCCUUCGAUCUCGGCGAUGCCGAGUGGGGUCCCGGCGGCGUCGAGGAGCCGGCCGGGAACGCCGGCGUGCCGCGUAGCCGGAGCUGCAGCUGCUCCAGCGCGGAGCUGCAGGCCUGCCGGUGCUACAGCACCUCGAGCCAGUCGGAGCUGGCGGACCAGCCGAUGGGCUACGUCAGCGACUCGUCCUGCAACAGCUCGGACGGGGUGCUGGUCAACUUCAGCACCCUGUAUCACAAGAUGAGCGGGCACUCGCGCUCCAACCUCAACUCGGCCCCGCUGUCCUGCGACUCCUCCUUCUGCAGCCACUCGGACACGGGCGCCUUCUACCUGGACCUGCAGCCCUCGCCCACCGAAUCCAAGAUGUCCUGCGAGUCUCACGGCCCCGACAGCGGGGGGAAGCCGUGCGGCUGCCGCCACGCCGCCUCCCCGGUGCUGGAUGCCAACUGCAACUCCUACCACCUGCCCUGCGAGCCCUGCGCGGCCGACGGCUCCGACCUCACCUCCUGCUUCCAGAGCCAGGCCCGGCUCGUCGUGGCCACCCAGAACUACUACAAGCUGGUCACGUGCGACUUGUCUUCCCAGUCCUCGCCCAGCCCAGCUGGCUCGUCCAUCACCAGCUGCUCCGAGGACCACACCAAAGGCAGCCCGGCGCAGCCCACCGAGUACUACUUGUUCCGGCGGCCGGAGCUGAAGCCGGAGGAGGGAGGGCAGGGUGCGGCGGCAGGGGAGGUGGAGGGCAACGUGAUUGAGGGCCAAGUCUAUGUCAACGUGUCGCCCCCCAACCUCAAUGCCGGCCGGCAGCGCUCGCGGAGCUACGACCGGAGCCUGGACCGGAGCCCCACGAGCCGGCUGGGCUCUCUGGAGCGCAUGCUGAGCUGCCCGGUGAAGCUGAGUGAGAGCCCUGCACUGGCCCUGCAGAGCUCCCCGCCGAAGCGCGUUACCUCCUUUGCCGAGCUGGCCAAGGGCCGGAAGAAGAACGGGGCUUCUCCGCCGCUUCGCACCAGCGGCGACUCCUCGCUGGAGUUCUCCCCCAUCCCCGAGUCGCAGCGCGACGGCCCGGCCUUCCCCGAGGACAGAGCCCGGCGCAGCCAGAGUCUUCCACCCUUGCCCUUCAUGCACGGGAUGCACCGCAGCUGCGAGGGCUACCGCCUGGACCAUGCCUUUGAGGACGGCCUGGUGGCCGGUGCCGGCCAGGACGCAAGCACCGGUGACAUGCUGUCCGGCAGCCAUGGGGCAGGCGGUGGCGCGGACAGCAAGCCCGUGGUGCGCUACAGCAAGGACCAGCGCCCCACCACGCUGCCCAUCCAGCCCUUCGUGUUCCAGCACCACUUCAGCAAGCCGCCCAAGCCGCUGUCCGCCAGCCUGCUGCCCACCCGGGCUUCCCCGGCAGCCACGGCCCCACCGCCCUGCCCGGCCACGCCGCCCCGCGAGAGCCCCAAGCCGGUGCCCAAGGCAGAAGGGCCGCCAGGGCGCGGCACACCGGUGUCCGAGUACCACCUCCACGGUGGGUCCGUGUUGGCUGGGGGCGGGCCCGGGGCCUCCACAGAGCCGUCCUGGAGGAAUGGCAUCGAGGCCGGCGGCUCGGGGUCUCUGGGCAGCCUCGCAGGGCGGCCCCUUAAUGCCAACCACCUGUCCCCUCAAGCACUGAAGUGGCGGGAGUACAGGCGGAGGAACCCCCUGGGCCUGGACCGCGUCUCGGAGCCUCGCCUGCCCCGGCGCAUCCCCGGCUUGGAGUUCUCUGGCACCCUCAACCCCAGCCACGGGCACUGCCGGCUCAACGGGCAGUCCAUGAAGCAGCUGCAGCUGAACUACACCGACUUCUUCCCCGACUACUUCUCGCUGGCGGAGAAGCCCCCGGCUGAGUUCUGCCUGUCCCCUGAUGGCAACACCGAGUCCAUCUCCAUCGAUCUGCUGCAGAAGAAAGGUCUGGUGAAGGCCAUCAACACCGCCGUCGACCUGAUCGUGGCCCAUUUCGGAACCAGCAGGGACCCGGGAGUCAAGGCCAAGUUGGGGAACAGCUCGGUGAGCCCCAAUGUGGGGCACCUGAUCCUGAAGUACCUGUGCCCGGCCAUCUGGGACGUGCUGAGCGAUGGGCUCAAGGCCUACGUCCUGGACAUGAUCGUGGGUCAGCGGAGGAACAUCCCUUGGAGCGUGGUGGAGGCCUCCACCCAGCUAGGCCCCUCCACCAAGCUCCUGCACAGCCUGGUCAGCAAGGUCAGCCAGCACACCGAGCUCACCAGCCACUCCAUGCGCUUCAACGCCUUCAUCUUCGGACUCCUCAACAUCCGGUCCCUGGAGUUCUGGUUCAACCACCUGUAUAACCACGAGGACAUCAUCCUGGCGCACUACCAGCCGACCGGCUUCCUGUGCCUUUCGCACGGUGUGUGCCAGCCGCUGUUUGAGGAGCUGCUGCUGCUGCUGCAGCCGCUGUCCCUGCUGCCCUUCAGCCUGGACCUGCUCUUCGAGCACCGCCUGCUGCAGAUGGGCAAGGAGCAGCAGCAGCAGAAGGAGCUGCUGCGGGUCAAGCAGGACCUGGUGCUGUCUGCUCACUCCACCCUGCAGCUCAUGCGCUCCCGGGCUGGUGACGACUCUGACGGCUGGAGGGCUGCCCCUGCCCGGCUGCCCCUGGAGCCGAGAGGCAGCGGGGAGCGGGCCACGGGCGUGGGGGCCCCUUGUGAGGAGCGGGAACCAGAGGAAGAGAGGAGGAAGGCGGUGGAGAAUGCGGGCGAGAGCAGGAAGGACAAGCAAGCCGGCUGGUGGUACCAGCUCAUGCAGAGCUCCCAGGUCUACAUCGAGGGCUCGGCCGAAGGCUCCAAGUUCCUCCGCUGCGAGAGGAGGAGGAAGGGGCCGGGGUCUGCUCCCCGCCGGGCCCCACCACCCCGUGAGGGUGUGGUGGAGGGUGCCGAGGCCUGUCCCCUGGCCGAGGCCCCUCUGGAGAGGCGUCCCAACGCCACCCUGCAGCCCCCGGAGGAGGCUCGGGAGCGGAGCCGCCCUUUCUGGAUGGGCAGCCCCCCGGACUCGGUGCUCUCGGAGCUGAAGUGUAGCAAGGAGAAGGAGAAGAAGGAGAAGUAAGUCACGGCAGCCCCGGGGCCAGGGGCAGCCCCCUCCGAGGGGCCCAGUCCUCCAGACAGCAGCCUGCCUGUGAAGUGGGGGCACCUCUUUGGGGCCAGGAAGGCGCAGAAGGAGUCCAAGCAGCCCAACAGGCUUCCCUCUGGCUGGCUGAGCCUGGACCGGUCCGUGCUGCAGCGGGUGGUGCAGACGGUGGGGGCCAGCAUGUGGAGAGAUGCGGCCCCCGACCCUGGGCAGGUCCCAACGCCCGACGUGGAGCCCAAGCAGCUGCCGGCCCGUGGUCUGUCCCCAGAGCUGUCCUGUGAGGUGAAAGCCCUGUGCCACCACAUCGCCACCGAGGCCGGGCAGCUGAGCUUCAACAAGGGCGACCUGCUGCGGGUCCUCGCCAAGGUGGACGGGGACUGGCUGCGCUGCGGCCUGGGCGCUGACACCGGCCUGGUGCCCAUCAUGUACGUCACCCACCCAGAAGAUGAGGACUAUUGAUGCUGCGGGGGCGCCGGGCACCGCGCCCCCGGCUCCUGCCGGGCUGGGGCAGGCCAUGCUGCCGCUAGCCCUGUAUCCCCCGCCCCAUCCCUGCCUCCAAGGGUCCCUUCCCCUCCUGCCCCGUGGGGCUUGGUGCCAGCUGGGCACGUGGCUGGGCCCCACCGUGCAUGCAGCCCCUGGGACGGCCCGUGCCCCUCCACCCCACGCCGUCUCCAGCACCCCUGGACCGUGGACUCGGAUGUAGCAGGAACCCCGGAAGCUUCAUAGCGGGGUCCUGGCUGCCUUCAGCGGGGCUUUGCCUAUCUCAGCCCCAUGCCACAGCGUGGCAUGGCCCUGCCCGGCACAGUUUGGGGCAUUCUGCACCAAGGGUCUCCACGGGCAGCCCCACGGCCUCCCUGGCUGCACAGCAUCCAUGUGUGCUGCCACGUGAACCCAGCACCACGUGUGGGACCACACCAGCUGUCCACGCCACGUGGCUGGGCACCACCGGGGGCAGGAGGGGAGGUUACAAUGGGUGAAGGCAGGUGGGGACAAGCAUCGGGGGGCGGGGGGGGAUCUUGGUGGGGCUGUGACCAGCCCUGAGUGGCCGUGGGGGUGGUUUUUGGUGUUGCAAGGAGCCAGGGGAUGCGGCUGGCUGGGGAGAGGGAGCAGGCAUGAGCAGCUGGGGGGCAGCUGGGGCCUGGGUUGGGGGAGGGAGCAGGUGCUGAUGGGGAGGGGGCUGGGCAAGGGAGGAGGGAGUGA